AUGACAGAAACCAUUGUGACCCUUGUGAUCAACGAGCUUGUUCAAUUGAUCACUCAUGAAUCAAAACUGUUAAGAGGUGUCCACCGAGAAGUUGUGAAUAUUAGAGAUGAACUAGAGAGCAUCCAAUUUUUCGUCAAGGAUGCAGAUAAAAGAGACCUCCAAGAUGGUUUUAUUGCUUCCCUCCAUAAAAUUGGUCGCUCAUUGAAAAAACUAAAACCACAUCAUGACAUAGCUAGCAAGAUUCAAGAUAUCAAAAUAUCAGUUCGUGAAAUCAAGGAACGAAGUGAAAGAUAUGGUUUUAAUUCCUCAGAGCAAGGAUCAAGUAGCAGUGCAACCAGUGUUACAUGGCAUAACCCUCGAGUGGGUUCACUUUUCAUUGAGGAAGAUGAAGUUGUGGGCAUUGAGUCUGCGAGGGAUGAACUCGUAAGCUGGAUGGUUUGGGGAGAAUCUAAACUCUCGGUGCUAUCAGUGGUAGGAAUGGGCGGAAUCGGUAAGACAACUCUUGCUAAGAAAGUAUAUGAGAAUGAAUUAGUGAAAGGUCAUUUUGAUUGCCGUGUUUGGAUCACUGUGUCUCAGUCAUACAAUGUGCAGAAGAUACUCAUGUCCAUGUCAAAACAAAUCUACCAGGCAAAAGAAAGGCAAAUAGACUUGACAGAUGAGAUCAUACUAAUUAGCCAGCUGAGGAAAUGUUUACAACAAAAGAGGUAUGUUGUGGUCUUUGACGAUGUUUGGAAGACAGAAUUUUGGGAAAUUGUGAAACAUGCUUUACCAUGCAAUGAUAGAGGCAGUAGGAUUAUCAUCACAACACGCAGUGAUCUCAUUGGUGUAUCUUGUAAAGAAUCAUUAUCUGAUCAGGUGAAGAUCAAAGAGGAAACCAUGACAGAAACCGUUGUGAUCCUUGUCAUCAAUGAGCUAGUUCAGUUGAUCUCUCAUGAAUCAAAAUUGCUAAGGGGUGUCCACCGAGAUGUUGUGGACAUUAGAGAUGAACUUGAGAGCGUCCAAUGUUUCCUCAAAGAUGCAGAUAAAGGAGACCUCCAAGAUGGCGUCAAAACAUGGGUGAAACAAGUGAGAGAAGUAGCCUAUCAUAUAGAAGACGUAAUAGAUGAAUAUGUUCUUCACAUGGCACAACAUCGUCAUCAGCAAAGUCUUAUUGGUCUUCUCCAUAAAAUUGGCCGCAUAUUCAAAAAACUAAAACCACGUCAUGACAUAGCUACCAAGAUUCACGAUAUCAAAAUAUCAAUCCGUGAAAUCAAAGAAAGAAGUGAAAGAUAUGGUUUUCGUUUCGUAGAGCAAGGAUCAAGUAGCAGUGAAUCCAAUGUUUCAUGGCAUGACCCUAGAGUGGGUUCACUUUUCAUUAAGGAAGAUGAAGUUGUGGGCAUUGAGUCUACGAGGGAUGAGCUCGUAAGCUUGUUGGUGGGUGGAGCAUCUAAACGCUCUGUGAUUUCAAUUGUAGGCAUGGGCGGAGUUGGUAAGACAACUCUUGCUAAGAAAGUAUAUGAGAAUGAAUUAGUGAAAGGACAUUUUGACUGUCAUGUUUGGAUCACAGUGUCUCAAUCAAACAAUGUCCAGAAGAUACUCAUGUCCAUGAUAAAGCAAGUCUACCAUGAAAAUGAAAUGACUCCAAGGAAAAUAGACAUGAUAGACGAGAUCACACUAAUUAGCCAACUCAGGAAAUAUUUACAGCAAAAGAAAUAUAUUGUGGUUUUUGAUGAUGUGUGGAAGAUAGAGUUUUGGGAAAUUGUGAAACAUGCUUUACCAUGCAAUGACAGAGGCAACAGGAUUAUGAUCACAACACGUAGUGAUCUCAUUGGUGUUUCUUGUAAAGAAUCUUUAUUCGAUCAGGUCCACAAGCUACAACCUCUGUCUCAAGACAAGGCUUGGGAAUUGUUUUGUAGAAAGGCAUUCCAGUCCGAGUUUCAGAGGUGUUGCCCCAAAGAGUUGGUGAAACUGUCGAUGGACAUUGUCAAAAAAUGUGAAGGCUUGCCACUUCCAAUUGUUGCCAUAGGUGGUCUUCUGUCAACAAAGGAAAAGGUGCCAUUUGAAUGGAAAAAGUUGCAUAAUAGCCUCAGUUCUGAGCUUGAAUGUAAUCCACACCUUACAAAUGUAACAAAAAUUCUCUCUCUUAGUUAUCAUGAUCUUCCAUGCUACCUAAAGUCUUGCUACUUGUACUUCGGCAUUUUUCCAGAGGACUACUCAAUCACAGGUGCAAGAUUACUUCGACUAUGGGUAGCUGAGGGCUUUAUAAAGGGAAAGAAGGGAAAAUCAUUGGAAGAUGUGGCAGAAGAAUACUUGAAGGAGCUCAACCACAGAAACUUGGUUCAAGUUUCAUUUGGGGAGCUUGAUAAUGAGAUGUAUAGAAAGUAUAGAAUCCAUGAUCUGUUACAUGAAACCAUCCUAUCGAAGGCUAGAGAGUUGAAUUUCGCUCAAGUUUUGGAAGUGGGUGAUACCACUUCCCAUGGUAUAAGUCGGUGCCUAUCCAUCCACGAUGCUAGAGAAGAUUUUUUUGAGACAAGUGAGUACUCUCGGGUUCGUUCUAUUUUUCUCUUCAACAUUAAUGAAAUGCCCAAUUCUUUCAUAGUUAAAUUGUUCAAAAAGUUCAAGCUUUUGAAAGUGUUAGAUUUUGAAGAUGCUCCUAUUGAUUAUCUUCCUCAAGAAGUGGGUAAUUUAUUCCAUUUGAAGUACUUAAGUUUGAGGAGAACAAAAGUGAAGAUACUUCCAAAGUCAGUGGGUAGGCUACAUAAUCUGCAGACACUAAAUGUCGCGGAAACCGCAGUGCGUGAGCUACCAAUUGAGAUAUUUAGGCUUUAUAAGCUGAGACAGAUUUUGGCUCAUUCUCAUGACUUGGAAAUUAAAAGUACCUUUUAUUCAUUGCGAGGCGUAAAAGUACAUGAAAGGGUUGGAUGUUUAAAGGACUUGCAGGCCCUAACACUUGUUGAGGCAAAUCAUCAUGGGGUUGUUUUAUUUGAAGAGCUCGGAAAGUUACAUCAAUUGAGGAUGUUGGGCAUUUCAAAUAUGACUGCAAAACGUGGGAGGGCUCUCUGUACCUCCGUAGAAAAUAUGGUCCACCUUGAAAUUUUGAUUGUAGGCUCAAUCAAUGAAGAUGAGUUUAUAGACUUACAAUCAAUUUCAUCACCACCUCCAUUUUUAAAGCAUAUCGCUCUAAGGGGGCGAUUGGAGAAGUUGCCCAACUGGAUUUCAGAGCUUCAGAAUCUAGUCACACUAGUCUUACUUUUCUCGUCAUUAGAGGAAGAUCCACUGCCGUUUGUCCAGGCUUUGCCUAAUCUAAUUAACCUUACCCUCAAUCAUGCAUAUAAUGCGGAGCAGCUGCAUUUUGAGGAUGGCGGUUUUCGAAAACUCAAGAAGCUCACACUUAGAGAGUUGAAAAACUUAAAGAUAGUGGAAAUAGGCAUAGGAUCAUUGCCUGUUCUUGAGCAACUAGAGAUUGGGCCAUGCCCACGAAUGAAGGAGGUACCCUAUGGAAUCCAGCACCUGGGAAGCCUAAAGAUUCUCGACUUCUAUGAAAUGCAAGGAGAAUUUGUGCUACGGAUGCAACCAAAUGGAGGGGAAGAUUAUUGGAAAGUCAAGACGGCAAGUACUAUACGUUUCAGGUAUAGGAUUAAAGGAGAAAGAUAUCAAAUAUAUAAGCUCGGUGACUCAGACUUGUUGGAGCGAUUGAAAGGGUGA